AAUAAUAAUAAUAAUAAUAAAUGGAGGUGGGGGAAUUAGCUUUCAUUCUUUGAUAUGACUCUGGACAUGUAUUUUGGCAAUGGAUUGAUUAAAACUUGAAAUCUGAGUUCCUUUCUAGACUGUCAUGCAAUCAAGUGAAACUUUCUCAGCCGUUGAUUCCUCUCAUCGCUACUCACAUCUCAUCUCAAAGUGCAUCAAAACCAAACACCUCACGCUAGGGAAGCUCCUGCACUCACACUUUAUCAAAACCGCACUAACCCUUAACUUCUUCUUCUCCAACCGCCUCAUAGACAUGUACUCCAAAUGCAAUUCCAUAGAAUGCGCCCAGAAAGCUUUCGAUGAUCUUACAAUCAAAAACACCUUUUCAUGGAACACAAUCUUCUCAGCAUACUCUCGUAUUGGUCAGCUCAAUAAAGCUCGCCAACUGUUUGAUGAAAUGCCUGAACCAAACCUUGUCAGCUAUAAUUCACUCAUUUCCAGUUUAUCCCAUCAUGGGUUUUACAAGGAAUCGAUUGGUGUGUUCCAAAGAUUGCUGAAACAGUAUGAUAAUGUGUUGAUUGAUGAGUUCACUGUGGUCAGUGUAGUGGGUACUUGUGCUUGCUGCAAUGCAUUAGAGUUGUUACGCCAGGUUCAUGGAUUUGCAAUUGUGAUUGGAUUGAGGUUUAAUACUGUGAUGUACAAUGCUUUGAUUGAUGCUUAUGGAAAAUGUGACGAACCAGAUACUUCGUAUUUAAUUUUCAGUCGAAUGCCGGGAAGGGAUGCUGUUUCGUGGGCUUCCAUGGUUGUUGCUUAUGCCCGGGCAUCUAGAUUGGAAGAUGCCCGUUGCAUCUUCUAUCAAAUGCCAACCAAGAAUACGGUUUGCUGGACUGCCUUGAUUGCAGGGUUUGCGCAAAACGGAAAAGGAAGUGAAGCUCUUGGUCUUUUUGACCAAAUGCAGGAAGAAGGUGUCCUACCUAGCUCCUUCACGUAUGUCAGUGUUCUAAGUGCUUGUGCGGAUCUAGCACUUGUGGAAAAAGGGAAACAGAUUCAUGGGCAUAUCAUUAGGAUUAGCAGUGCAACCGAUAUUUUUAAUGUGUUCGUGUGCAAUGCUUUAAUUGACAUGUAUUCCAAGUGUGGUGACAUGAAAUCGGCAAUAACACUAUUUGAGAUUAUGCCGGAAAAGGAUAUUGUUUCUUGGAACUCAAUGGUGAAUGGUUUUGCGCAGAACGGAUACUGGAAGGAGUCACUUCUGAUUUUCAGAAGAAUGAUAGAAGCGAGCACGAAACCCAAUCAUGUCACAUUUCUUGGAGUGCUGUCUGCAUGUAACCACGCAGGUCUGGUAUGUGAAGGACUCCAAAUUGCAGACUCAAUGGAAAAGCAUUAUGGUCUUAGACCAAGACCAGAGCACUAUGCGAUAUUGAUUGAUUUGCUCGGAAGAAAAAACAGACUCAUGGAAGCAGUGGAGUUGAUUGAAAGAGCUCCCAGAGGGUCCGAUCAUGUUGGGAUGUGGGGUGCACUUUUGGGUGCUUGUCGGGUCCAUGGGAAUUCUGAUCUUGCUAGAAGAGCAGCAGAGGCUCUCUUUGAGCUGGAGCCUGAAAAUUCUGCAAGAUAUGUUAUGCUGUCCAACAUUUACGCUGCAGCUGGUAGAUGGGACGAUGCUCGUGGCUUAAGAAGGUUGAUGGAUGAAAGAGGGCUAAUGAAAGACGCGGCUUAUAGUUGGAUUGAGGUAAGGAAUACCAGACAUGAGUUUGUAGCUAAAGACAAGUUCCAUCAUCAGAUAGAAGAGAUAUAUGAAUUACUACAUAAACUGCUAGAUCAUAUGAAGGAUGUUGAAUAUCUACCCCCUCAAUGACAACUCAUUUUUUCCCAAAGUGUCUGAUUUGAUGCAGUAGAUGGUGAACAAACUUUGUAGUAGCUUAGAAGCUUUCUGAUUAACCUGGACGCAGUAACAGAAAGCUUCUCGAUACUAAAUAAUACUGGUUACCAGGGGCGGAGCUAGGAUUGCAAAGCAGGAGGGCUAAAAAUAAUUAAACCUGUGAUUGCUUAAUGUGUCAUUCAUGCUCUAAAUAC